UAGGAAAACAGAUAUCGCUCACGAAUUAUUACAAUAUUAAUAUUUCCUAUACUAAUUAUACUACUUUAUAUACUAUUCGUAUUUAAAUAAUUCAUAAAAACAUUUUCAGGCAGACCAACAUGAACAUGCUGAAGUUUUUAUGUUUAGUGAUACUUUCUGCACCAAUAUUUGCUUCAUUGCAUCCCAAGGAUUAUGGACCAAAUUUGGCUGAGGCAAUUAGACACCUACAUGCUGAAUGCUCAAUUAUAACUGGAGUAUCUGAUCUAGAGAUAGAAAAUGUAAGAAAUGGAAAUUUUGCCGAAAACAAUAUACGCAUUAAGAGAUACAAUACAUGUCUUUGGUUACAUUCUGGUGUAAUGCUUCCUAGUUAUGACGGUGUUAUAAAUCUUCAUGGUAAUAAAAAUUAUUUGUUGGAUCUAGAACCACCUAAGCUAAAAGGAAAAUUUGCCAAAAUGUUCAUGAGUUGUAUUGAUGAAGCCCGAGAAAGUGGUGAGAAGAAUUUUACUGUUUUGGCUUGGAAUGCAACUAAAUGUCUUCAUCGCACUGAUCCAGAGAAUUUCGUUUAUCCUUAACCUGUAUGGAUUAAAAUUUGGAUUAUAUAAAAUUAGUAAAAAUAUACUUUAAAAAUAUUGUAUGUUAUUCAAUAAAAGCAAGUUAAAUUGG